AAGGGCAGCAUCUAACAGAGAAACAUAGCAAAUCAAUCAAAGACAUUCAUUUCUCCUCCAACACCAAACAAAUUCUGUACAAGGAAAACAAAAGUGAAAAAGAUGAGCAUCGGAUCAGGAGCUGGGAAGGUGGUCUGUGUCACCGGAGCGUCCGGUUACAUAGCUUCAUGGCUGGUCAAGUUUCUUCUCCAAAGAGGUUACACUGUCAGAGCCUCUGUUCGCAAUCCCAGUGAUCCAAAAAAGACAAACCACUUAACUUCACUUGAUGGAGCUAAUCAAAGGCUUCAGCUUUUCAAAGCAGACUUACUUGAAGAAGGUUCCUUUGACUCUGCUCUUGAGGGGUGUGAAGGUGUUUUCCACACUGCAUCUCCCUUUUAUCAUGAUGUCAAGGACCCAGAGGCAGAACUCCUUAACCCUGCGGUGAAGGGAACACUAAAUGUUCUUAAUGCAUGUGCAAAAUUUAAGUCCAUUAAACGGGUGGUUCUGACAUCUUCUAUAGCUGCAGUUGCUUAUAGCAGAAAGCCUCGAACUCCUGAUGUGGUAGUUGAUGAGACUUGGUUUUCGGAUCCAGAAUUUCUUAAGGAAUCGAAGCUUUGGUAUGCGCUUUCAAAGACUUUGGCUGAGGAUGCUGCCUGGAAGUUUGCAAAAGAGAAGGGUAUUGACAUGGUGACAAUUAACCCAGCCAUGGUGAUUGGACCUCUACUACAACCUACCUUAAACACAAGUGCUGCUGCGGUGUUGAACUUAAUAAAUGGAGCACAAACAUUUACAAAUGCUACGUUUGGAUGGGUUAAUGUGAAAGAUGUGGCCAAUUCUCAUAUUCAAGCAUUUGAGAUUCCUUCAGCUAGUGGAAGAUAUUGUUUGGUUGAGACUGUUGCACACUAUUCAGAAAUUGUGAGAAACUUGCGCGAGCUCUAUCCUGCUUUACAACUUCCAGAGAAGUCCUCAGAUGACAAACCUUAUGUGCCAACAUAUCAGGUGUCCAAGGUAAAGGCAAAGACUUUGGGUAUUGAAUUCGUUCCUCUGAAAGAUAGCCUCAAGGAAACUGUCGAAAGCUUGAAGGAAAAGAAUUUUGUCAGCUUCUAAGUCCUUGUGGUACUUUCGAAGGCUUUUUUUCCCCUAUCAAUGGUGAUGAAUCAGAUUCACGGAGCUUUGGUCCUAAAUAAAAAUUGGCUACUGAAUAUUCUAGUGGUUUUAGUUAUUUGUGGAAUAAAAAUUGUAAUAAUUUAGUCUUUGAUGUUUGGAUAUGAAGUGUAGGCUGGUAUAAUAUAUGAUUGAGUGUUGCUUAAGAUUACAUAUAAUCAUAUCAAUCUCCCAUCUAAUCUUUCAUGAGUGACCAA